UCGCUUAGAAGCCGUCGGUUGUCGCACACCCGUAGCUGCGCACGUGAAUAGACGCGCGUGAAGUGUUACAUUUUGUUCGCUAAGAAAAGUGUCACCAAAUCUUUGCAUUUCCUCGUGUAGCUCCAGAGCCAGAUUUAAAGUAAAGUUGAUUAGUUUGAGCAGUGAAAAUGCCGUCUCAUCACAAGAAAAAGAAACAAAAGAAAUAUGAUCCACCAAGGUCGAACCAUUCGAAGGAAAAUAUCAACCCCUGCUCAGAACACGAUCGCCAACCAGUAGCGGAAGUCCAACUGGAAUCCAGUAAACCUUACUUAGUGAAACGCUCUGAGCAAGUUGGAAGGUAUAUUGUGGCUGCGAGAGAUCUAAAAGCUGGUGACGUCAUCAUCGAAACACCUCCCUUCGUUGUGGGCCCAUGUGCAGAAACGGAACCCGUCUGUCUGGGUUGCCACAGUGCCUUCCAGCCGGGAAGUGUUGUGUAUAGAUGUGAGAUCUGUAACUGGCGAAUAUGCUCUCCGAGCUGUCAUGGACUCGCCCCGGCAGGAACUCACCGGCAGCUGGAAUGCAUUCCCCUACGCGACAAAGCAGUCCACAAGCACCUUCAAACGUCCACUGCCGCCCAGGUGAAGCUGAUGUACGAAGCCAUCCUAACCCUUCGCUGUAUGCUACUGAAAACCGUCGAUCGGUCGCAGUACGAUCGUCUGCUUGGUAUGGAUCCGCUGAACGACGUACGGCAACAUAUACCGAAACUUUGGAAUCGCAAUCAAAAGGAGAUCGUUGAGCGAAUUCGUAACCAGUGGGGCUUUGCGGAGUACAGCGAGCUGGAACUGCACACCAUAUGCGGCAUCAUAGAGGUUAAUGCGUUCGAGGUGGGCCAGGAACCGACCAAAGCCCGUGCACUCUUCCCCGAGGCGUACCUACUGAUGCACGACUGUACACCGAACACUGGCCACACGGAUGCACCUCAAACGCACCACCUUACCGUGCGGGUGCUGCGGGACGUUAAGGCGGGUGAGCCACUCACCCUAACCUACGCCCACAUCCUGCAGGGUACGCUCAAGCGCAGACAGCACCUGAGGGAGGAAAAGUUCUUCUCGUGCAACUGUCGCCGCUGCACCGAUCCGUCCGAGCUGGGCACGAACUGUAGCGCCCUGCGGUGCAAGAAAUGCCCAAGGGGACACAUACUGCCGUCGGAUCCGCUCAACCCGGAAGCGGAAUGGCACUGCCGGCAGUGUUCCACCGUAAUGUCCUGUGAGGCAGUUAUACUGCUGCUCGAACAGCUCUCCCAACAGCUCGAAACGAUCGGAGGGAACGAUGUGGAUGGGCUGGAGACAUUCCUUCGGGUGCAGGGUGCGGUCCUGCACGACAAUCACUACCUACUGCUCUCGGUGAAACAUUCGCUGUGCGAGCUGUACGGGAAGAUUGAGGGCUUUUUGAUACCGCAGCUGAGUCGGGAGCAGCUGAAAAGGAAGGAGACGCUUUGCCGCGAUCUGCUCGAGGUAGUGGAUCAGCUAGAGCCGGGGCUGAGCAGACUGAGAGGUACGAUCAUGUACGAGAUGCACGUGCCACUGCUGAUAGAGGCCGGCCAGCUGUUCCAGGGUGGUGUGAUACAACGGGCCGAGCUGCGCCGUCGGUUGAAGGAAGUGCAGAGGCUUUUGAAGGAGAGUGAACGGAUUUUGGCGCUGGAACCGGAGGGAACGCCGGAACAUGGGAUAGCGGAGGCGGCCCGGGAUGCUCUCAAGAAUAUGGGAGAUGUGUGAGGGUUAAACAGCGUUCGAUGAGGUUUUGUUUUAUUAAUAAAAAUUUCCAGAAAAUGAACAAAAAGGAAUGAU